CCAAUCGGUGGCGCUUUUACUAAGGGAGGCGCCCGUGCUCAGGGCCAACGGGAGGCGGCUUUGUUGGCGGUCGGCGCAGCCCGAGCGAGCCUGCGAGGAGCCUGGCGGCUGGCGCUGCCUCUGAGGGCGGGAGGGAGACGGAGAGGGGCCGCGGGCAGUUACCAAAGGAACAACUUUGAAGAGGCAGACCAGACUGAAAGUAUGUAUUUGCACAAGGGAAUGAUGUCUUAUCAAUUUUAUUACAUGUUAUUUAGGUAAAUGGCCCUUGUCAGAACAUGCCUAAUUGACGUCUGUUCCAGUGGAGCUUAAGUCAGCUGCUACUUAAAAAUUAUGCAAGUUGUGGGAGCUUUACUUCAUGCUUCCCAAACAGGAAUGAGAAUCCUGUUUUCAGCAUCAGGGCUGAGAAAUAGUUCCCUGCAGGAAACAGAGCACAAACAAUGGAGCAGAAGAUUUGUAUGUGGAGUGGAUUUUUUCCAUCGGCUCUGUCCCUGGGCCAGUGUUGGAAGGGACAAGAGUUUGAGGCUAAUUUUUAAGUAACGUGAGUCUGCGUUUUUAGUUGCUUACUCUCGCUUCCUCUAAUAGUGACGAGGAUCAUGUAACGUGUUGGCUGAACUCUGAUAUUAGGUCGAUUUGCUCUCUUACCUUCCUAAUCAUCUUUUUUUUCCUGCUUUUUGUAUGCAGUGGAAGGAAAGACUAGUGUAUGCUCUUUUAUUUCUUCAGCUAUAAGAUAGCAAAAUUCUCUCCUUUUGCUCCAGGGCAUGGUUGCUUGCAUUGUUACUUUGUCUUUCUAUGCUUAGGGCAAAAAAAAAAGUGGGUUGCUGACACAGACCUGGUCAAAAGAGCUUGCUUUCUUGUUUGUUCCUGGUCUACGGUGAGCUCACGUGUUUGUUUUUUUUGUUGCCUUUUUUUGAUAGAUUGUAGGCAACUAUAUUUCCUGUGGAAUAAUCUAACAUGUACUCCUAGCUUUCCAUUUCUGUCUGUUUGUGAAAGUGUUCCUUUUCUAGCUUAGAGCAGGAAUUUCCUUUUUCCAGGUAGGGGAGUGUGUGCAUUCUCUGCUACCCGUUCUCUGACUGUCACUCUGGAUGUCCUUACAUUCUUCUCUAGUAGCUGUCUAUUGGAAGCCGGGCUAAAGGUCAGCCUGCCUGGACAUUACAGGCUCUAAGAAACCAGACUCAUAAGAAUGAUGGAGCCUUCUUUGUGUUCUUAAACUUGACUUGCAGACCCAUAUCUGUUUUCUUGAAAAUUUGGUAGUGUAAAAUAAUCUAUACAGUAUGUAGUGGUUACUGUGUCUGGAAUGAAGGAGGAAAAAAAAAGAACUUCUACUAAAAUAGACGUAUAGGCUUGUGUACGUCAGCCCAAUAAAGAAGUUACAGUGAAAUAAGGUAGGUAGUCUGGCUUUGGUGUCUCUGGAGAGCUAGUUCAGAUCGUGGGGGCUGGGGUACCUGUGUUAAGCUUUGUUCCAGCCACUGCAAACGCUGGGACUUCUGCUUCCAUGUUUUCUUUGUUUUUUCACUCCCAGUGAAUAAACUCAAGGCAAAUCGGCGAACUGUUGAGUAGAGAAGUCUUCCAGCUGCUGUCAAAAACCUUCUUUUUGGAUAAACAGUUUUAUUCCCUCCAGUGUUUUGGUUCUAUUUAUCUGGUAGCAUGUUUAGGUUGUCACUCUGUAUAGUGCAGCAGAAGCAGCUAUUCACAAAAAUAGCCCUGAUUAGGCUGACAAGUGAGACAUUUUUCUGCCCAGGUGACAUAAGAAAAAAGUCUUUUCAAAGUUGUACUUUGUUUGAACUUUCAUUGUUUCCAGAUCAGGCAUAGUAAUACAUAGAUUAAAAAUUCAUUAUUUAUUGUGGUACUGUCAAGGAAUUAGAAAAUAAUAUAUUUAUUUCUUCAUCAUCAGGUUUUUAUUUUUUAAAAAGAAUGCAGAACCAGUCUAGGAAACUGAUGUGCUCUUAGGAUGAAGGCUUAUGAUCUGGUAGAAGCAGGUUAUGAACUGAAAUACAUAACAGGAAAAAAGUCUAAAAGGAUGAAAUGAAAGCACAACAUACUGUUUAAAAAUUGAACAAGUUCCCAUUUGGAUUGGAUGUUAUGGGAGCUGUUCACUUUACUGCAAGAGAGUAUGUAUGAUGACUUUCUUAAAAAAACAGUUUAUUUAUCUUUAUGUCUUAAACUGUUACAUGUUUUAUCUUCACCUUCUGUUGAGGUAAGCAAGCUACCCUUAAGUUAUUUCUAAACACUGUAUUUCAACUUGCAGGUGGAUACAGGCACACAGAUGGCAGAUAACAGUAAAGCAGAAGAUACUGCUUCGGAUUCUGUGGACGCUGCUAAAAAUGCAAGUGACAAAAAAGAAAAGCUGGCAGACCAAGUGAUGCAAAAUCCACAAGUUCUGGCAGCUCUACAGGAACGACUUGACAACACAGCGCUUACCCCUUCAAGUUACAUUGAAACUUUACCAAAAGCAGUGAAAAGAAGAAUUGAUGCCUUGAAACAACUCCAGGUGAAAUGUGCCCAUAUAGAAGCUAAAUUCUAUGAAGAAGUACAUGAUUUAGAGAGAAAAUAUGCAGCACUCUAUCAACCUCUUUUUGAUAAGAGAAGAGAGUUUAUUAAUGGGGAAGCUGAACCCACAGAUGCAGAGUCAGAGUGGCACAGUGAAAAUGAGGAAGAAGAAAAACUAGCUGGAGAUCUGAAAAACGCAGUGGUAAUAGAAGAGAAAGCAGAAGCAGAAGAGACAAAUGUCAAAGGAAUUCCAGACUUCUGGUUUACUAUCUUUAGAAACGUAGAUAUGCUAAGUGAAUUAGUACAAGAAUAUGAUGAACCAAUCUUAAAACAUCUGCAGGAUAUUAAAGUUAAGUUCUCUGAACCUGGACAGCCUAUGUCUUUCUCAUUAGAGUUCCACUUUGGACCCAAUGACUACUUUUCUAAUACAGUCCUGACAAAAACCUACAAGAUGAAGUCGGAGCCAGACAAGACGGAUCCCUUUUCAUUUGAAGGACCCGAAAUAGUUGAUUGUGAGGGGUGUACUAUUGACUGGAAGAAAGGAAAAAAUGUUACGGUUAAAACAAUCAAGAAAAAACAGAAACACAAGGGUCGAGGCACAGUUCGGACGAUUACUAAACAAGUACCUAACGAUUCUUUUUUUAACUUCUUCAACCCAAUAAAGGUAUCUGGUGAUGGAGAGUCAUUGGAUGAAGAUUCUGAGUUUACUUUAGCAGCAGAUUUUGAAAUUGGUCACUUCUUCCGUGAAAGGAUAGUCCCUCGUGCUGUGCUUUAUUUCACUGGGGAGGCUAUAGAGGAUGAUGAUAAUUUUGAAGAAGGUGAAGAAGGUGAAGAGGAGGAGUUGGAGGGGGAAGAGGAGGGAGAAGAGGAGGAAGAUGCAGAGAGUGAUGCUAAGAAAGAUUCCAGCCAACCUGCUGAAUGCAAACAACAGUAAUAAGGAAAUACCACUUCAAAGUGAUAUUUGAACAACUUGUAACAAAUAUUUGGAUACCUGGCCUGCAGUUCAGGAUACUUCAUCGCUGCAGCACAAUCUUAUUAACAAUGCUUAAAAUUAAUUUGUUUUAAGAUGCAUGAUUUUCACUAACUUUUCUUUUAUUGCUUAACAUGUACAGUGGCAACUUCAAUGCAUUCGGGAAAUAAGAGGUUUAAAUAAAGCACACUCUACAGCCGUUGGUACACUGUAGCUAAGUAUGUCAGUAGGCCUUUAGAGCCUUUUGCCCUAUGCAUAGGGGAAUAGUCCAGACUACCAAGCGAAGAUUAUCCAUUUUCUUGUUAAAACCUUGAAAAUUGUGGAAUAGCAAUGUGCUGAGAAGCUAAAGUAAAUGGAUUACAUGUAUGGUAGCUGAAACGGAUAGAGCAAUAUGAACUCUUUGCUAGUUCCCUCCCCACCCUUUUUUUAAUGUUUCUUGCAACCUACAAAUUGAACUAGUGCUUGAGCAGCUUUAAAUGUCAUAUUUAUUAUCUCAGUAAAACCAAUUGAAGUAAUUUUACUUCAUUGAAGGGGGUGUCAUAUUUGAGACUUAGUUGUUCAUCUUACUAUUUAUUUAUUCAUGUUUGUAAGUACUUUGACAGAAUUAGUGCUUUUUAAUAGUUUUUAAUAUACUUGAAAAUAUUCUUCCUGUUUUGCAUAAAAUAUGGGUACUUGUACAACAAAUGAUUUGAAUUGGUCUCAAUGUAGUAGUCUAGACAGAAGAAACGAACUCUUAUCAAAAUGACAACUCUUCUGGAUGAAGAUCAAAAUGUAAAGGCCAAACUUGCUGUCAAUGGAAGUGGGUUGCAGCCAAAGAACCAGAAAAUUUCCAGUAGUCUUAUUGCUUAGUGUCCAGCAUGGAAGGACCUUUCACUAUGAACACGGAAGUUUAACAAAAUUCAGUUCAAUAAAUCUGAAGUUUUGGUGUCUUACUUGCAACACUGAAAUUAUUCCAUUCCACAAUUUGUUUUCUUAAAGCUCUGAAGUCUUCAAAACUACCUUUUGUUGUUGUGCGGCACGUCAGGUACAUGUUUCUAGUUUCAGCAUCCAUUGCCAACCUCUGGCAGCAGUUGAAUAGCAGCUGUAUCAACACUGUGACCAGGCAUGUAGAGUGCUCCAGCCUUACCUUACACAUUUGUAACUUAAUACAGUGUUUUCAAUUUGUACAGAAUAGAUAGAAUAUUCUAUUAAAGUUGUGAAACAUGAA